CUUUGAAUACCUUUUGAGUUCAAUAUUGACACUUACAAAAUUCAAUACUUUUUUUUUUGGUAAAAAAUAUAGCUCUAAAAAUGGCCUCACAAACCGAAAAAGAUGCCCGAACCAAAGAUCCGACCCAAAUGCAUCUCUGUUCACACGCCCCCAACCUCCUCCUUCCGCCCUGUGUAGGGUUUUGCACCCUCGCUCUCCCCUUGCCUGUAGGACUUUGCUCAACGACUGAGCUGCAGAUUUUGUGUUCGCUUUCUCCCUCCCAGUUUCUGCACUUCUUCGCUUUCCAUGCUCUCUGUCUCUACAUGUGUUGCUCCCAUGUCUGUCUCUGACCCCCAUCCUUCUUCCCUCUCGUCUCUCCCCACCGCUCUCGCAACCUCACUAUGUCAUGGAGAUGGAGAUCCUUAACGUCAACGUCGAUUGUAUUCAUUGAAAUACCCUCAUUAAAGUCACACACACCGCCACUGUCAAUGUUCUGUUUAUACAGCAGUGCUCAAAAUUUUUCCAGUGCAAAACAAGCUCAAAAACUUCCUGUAACCUCUAGAAUUGUUCUUACUCCUCAUGUAGUUUACCCCACCUUGUUGAAUUGCCCUUCUGAUUUAAUCGCUUUGAGCUUCUUCUUAUGGUGUGCUAGGCAGCCCAAUUACUUCCAUGAGCUUUGCGCUUUUGAUCAUAUGGCUACUGUGGUCAAUCGCCUCACGAAGCGGUUCAAGACAGUGAAAGGAGUCGUUCGAGAACUAGAGGGUGUUGGUUGCGUUACCAAAGCGCAAACUUUCCUGCUUUUGUUGAGGAUCUAUUGGCGUGGAGGAAUGUACAAGUUGGUGUUUGAAGCUUUUGAGGAAAUGGGUAGAUUCGGUUACGUACCAAACACGUUUGCACGCAAUGUAAUUAUGGAUGUAUUGUUCAAGAUUGGGCGUGUCGAUGUAGCUCUCAGAGUUUUCAGUGAGACCCGAGUCCCAAAUUUUUUGACGUUUAGUAUUGCAAUUUGCAAUUUAAGCAAGUUGAAAGAUUUGAACAAUAUUAGGGAUGUCUUAAGAAUCAUGUUGAGGGAGGGGUAUUAUCUUAAUGGCGAGACCUUCUUGAUGGUUUUGAAUUGUUUUUGCAAGAAUGGGAGGCCAGCUGGGGCAUUUCAAAUUUUGGGUUUGAUGAUAACUCUGGGCUUACCUCUUUCCCAGGCUGUUUGGAGUAUAUUGAUUGAUGGGUUCUGUAAAUGUGGCAGACUUAGUAUGGCAGGUUAUUUAUUGGAGAAGAUGGUCGAGACAGGUUGUUCUCCUAAUGUUGUAACAUAUACAUCUUUAAUUAAAAAAUUUUUGGAAUUGAAAAUGUUUAACAGUGCCUUUGAUAUUUUAAGGACCAUGGAAACAAAAGGGUGUGCCCCUGACUUGGUACUGUAUAAUGUGUUAAUAGAUUGUCUCUCUAAGAUUGGGAGGCAUGAUGAUGCACUUGAUUUGUUCUGUGAUUUGCUAAGAAAUAAUCUAGUUCCUGAUUCUUACACUUUAAGUUCUAUACUGUCUACUAUAUGUGUGUCUAGAUGGUUUUCUGUUUUACCCAAGUUGGUCCAUGGACUUGUGAUGCAGACUGAUCUUGUGGUCUGCAACCUCCUCCUAUGUUAUUUUUGUAAGGCGGGGCUUCCAUUAUGUGCUGUGGAGUUCUAUAAUGACAUGCUAGAUAAAGGUUUUACGCCAGAUAGGUAUACUUUUGUUGGAUUACUGAGAGGACUUUGUGGGGCAGGAAGAAUUGAUGAGGCAGUUAAUGUUUACCGUGGCAUCGUCAUGAACUAUUCAAGUUUGGAUGCUCAUGUCCAUACCGUAAUCAUUGAUGGACUCAUAAAAGUUGGUAAAUUUCAUAGAGCUGUCAGAUUGUUCAGAAAAGCUGUUGCAGAGAAGUACCCAGUAGAUGUUGUAUCAUACACAGUUGCUAUCCAUGGGCUCUUUAGAGGUGGUAGAGCCGAAGAGGCUUGUACUUUGUACAGUCAAAUGAAAGAGGUCGGCAUAGCUCCUAAUGCAUAUACAUAUAAUGUAAUGCUUUGUGGCUUUUGCAGGGAAAGAGAUGUUAAAAUGGUUGCACAGGUGCUACAAGAGAUGAUUGAUUCAAGGAUGGAAAUGCAUUACAAUACAUUCAUGAGGAUGUCCAGUCUUCUGCUUAAAACACACUGUCGUCAUUCAGUCUUUAAUGUAUUAAGUGAAAUGUGGAGUUUAGGAUUGGUACCUAACAAGGCUGUGUAUACAGUGUCUGAUAGACUUACACAUGUUGUAGAAGUAGAUGACGCUCCUCUUUCAUCACUAAAAUAUAUUGACAAUAUUCAAUGUGCGGGAAUGUCUAGUUUGGACAACCUUUCUGAUGUUGCUGCUUCCGUGGGUUGAAAUGGAUUGGUAAGAAACUUGUUUGCAUCUUGGCAAAUGGUACUUCUAUUCUUUGAAGUUCAUAAAGCCAUCAAAGAAUUGUUGGGCUUCUUGAAGGUAUUGAGGAUAUACCAGGAAGCUUUGACAAAAGCACUUGGCAAACAUUUUGGUGCUAGGCCACAAACCAUCUUUUGGAAUCUGUCCUUCUCAAGCCCUUUCAAGGAGUAGUUUACCAUGGACAUAAUGGCUAGUGAGGUCAGUAAUGUUAGACCGUUACCUAGCAAUGCUAGUAAGAGAAACUGGAGGCUGAGUGGACUCCUGAGAGGCACAAGAGAUUUCUCAUGUUGCAUAAAGGGAAAAAUGCCAAAUGCUAGUUUCAAGGAGGAUGGAAGAACACUGUUGAAGGGCUUUACCAAGUGGAGAAAGUCCUCGAUGAGCAGAGGUAGCAACAUAAAGAUCCUUUACAAAUGUAAAGGAUAAAUGGGGGUUUGCAUAAACUAGUUGGGCAAACAACAGAUGGAGGGGCAUGGUCACUGAUCAUCAAACUUGGCAAGCAUUUAUGAAGGGGCAUCCCAACUAUAAGGAUUUCUCCAAGUCUCCAGCUUAUGUGAAAGAAACAUCAUUUUUUGAGACACUGUUGCUAUUGACGAGCAUCCAUAGGCUCUCUCUCAAGGGACUCGUGCAUUGUUGAGUACACAUGAAUGCAGGUUGCAGAGGGGUGAGUUUAUUCAGUUUGAAGUGGUUGGGUAACAAAGUGCUUCUGACAACAUAGGUGUAAUACCUUCAAGGCAUCAGUGAAGGCGUGGCGAAGCCAGUUUGUACUGGAAGGGAAAAAAAGCAUCAACAGGGAAGUGCGGUAGAUCUUGCAGACAGGAACAUUCAACAGUAUGUGCUCGUCUUAGUUUAGGUUUUUAAGGGUUGGGCAUCCAGACUAUGAAUCAGUACAGGUUCUGUCAUAAAAUCACUUAAAAAAUGGGUUAUGCACAAUAUUCUGAUGGAGGUUGGGAUUAUGCCGGCAUCUCAUCUUUUGCCAAGUGCAACCGUAGUUGUUGUCAACACCUCAUUGUUGCUAAAUGCAGUCUCGGUAGCAGUUGUAGCCCAGAGAAGAUUCUCCAUUUGGCGGCUUUAUUGGAAGUCAUGCGCCAUGUGUUACAAUGGCUUAAUCUUAUGAUUGAGCUGGAGCUGUGGCUCUAAAUUCAAAAUAAUCGUUUUCUAAUGUA